AGGCUUAAUAGGACUGCGAGCUCUUCUCUUCGGCUCUUGAACAUCAAUUUCUUGGUUGAGCAUAUCAAAGCCGAGCGUAAACGGGGAUGUGGAAGAAAUGAAGCAAUUGUGUCGGGUUCAUGCGGCUUUCAUAACUUUACGACAGCAAUUCCGAAAAUACAAAGCUGUUACAGAGAAGUUUGAGCAAACCCGCAAGGGGAGGAAACCGAAGCUUGGGACCAAAAAUACACAAAGAUACUCUAAGCAAUUGCGCUCUCCUGCUCUUGCCGCGGCGAUCAAAAAGUACGACUUGGCUGUUAAAAACUACGCCGACACGUUUAAUCCGAAAAAUGUUCCCGAGUUCGCAGUCUCUGUGGAAGCGUUGCAAGCCAAAGACGACGAAGACAUAUUUUGGGAUGAUAUGGUCUUUGACAUUAAAGAGGCAGAUUGGAGUCGGAACCAAGAUUGCCGUCAAGGUAUCAAAUUUAUGCUCAUGCGGGAUCGGGCAGUGGAGGAAAAAGCCCGUCUACAAGCAGAAACUGCGAGACUUAUACGCUGGUGCCACGAUCGGCACAACAUCAUUGAGGAGUGUAUAAGUAAAAUUAAGAGCAAGAUGACCGUACCUUCUUCGUCUAAUUCCACUGCUGAUUGCAACGACGUCAACCUUUUUUUUUUGGAAGAGACAAAAGAGCGACAUGCGGCCUUGGAAGAACAGCGGAUAGGAGAUGGCUUGUGGAGGGUAUGGGACAAACGUCCUGAGCCAUGUUUGGAAGAUGAGGGAGUAGAGGACAUAUUAAUAAUGCUGCGAGAGCGAGUGGGUAUUCGGUGGGGAUUUGAAACAACUGGUAUGGAUGGGAAUCCGAGCCUGGAUGAGGUAUAUGUGGAGAAAGACCGCGAGAUUGUGGAAGUGGAUGUGUCAGAGACAGACGGCGAAGAAAGAACAGAUGAUAGAGAAGACGUCGGUGCGGGAAAGCUCCCGGGAUGCUUCGUCCAUUUCCUUUCGGCUGACAUUCUUGAGGACUGAGAAACGUUAGUUAAAUUCGAGUGUCAUGGGCCUACCGGAAUGACUUUGUACUAAAAAACGCUUACUUUCUUCGCCGAACUUCUCAAGUAGAGCGGUCCUACGCAUCCGACUUCUCCUCCAAAGCUGCCAUGUACCACUUUCUCGACGAUGAUUUUGAGAGUUAGCAUACCGUUCUGCAGUCGCCAGCCGCACAUCGUGCUGCACGCAAAACUCCAUGAGAGCUUUCCUCUGCGCACUCAAAAAUUUAUUCAGGGCUGUCUUGACACUCUUGUUCAUUCUACAGCGACCUUUCUGGGCUGCACAAAACAACUCAGCAUUGAUCCCUUCGUCACGAGUAGUUUGACUAUCGCCCCCUUGUCUUUCCCUGUCGCCGAAUGGUGUAUCUCUGGCGGGCAAGUCCUCUCCUUCUUCAUCCUCGCUGUCUCCAGUUUUUGAACUGAAACUGUCGUCUGGGGUUGCCCUAUCCCAAAUGUCAUCGGUUGGAAAGACCGCAUUGUCACCGGGACGGUCUUGAAUGGAUCGGGCAGGGUUUUGACUGGACAUAGUCGUCUAAGGCAAAUUGCAAUAUCGAAAAGAGUAUAGCUUUUGCUGGGGGUUCUCAGAAUAGUGUUCUCAGGGCGAUGAGUAGUUUGGAACAAAGGGACACGUACAGUUAAAAUAUGUUCAUGUGAAG